GAAGCAGCACAGUGGCAGCACCAGACACAGAACGCCCCCCCUUGCACCCGAUCCUUGGAUCUCUCUCCUCCUCCACUUUUUUUCUGUUCUGUCCAUUGUAUUCAUCAGGAAAAGAGAAUCCUCGAGUUGUUUUUGUUUUUGUUUCUGUUUCUGUUUGGUCUUUCAGUCCAACGGCUGUACUAACUACCUUACGUACCUAACUAACCCUGGCUCUAGUUAGUGUAGGUAUUCCCCAGCUUUUCCUCUCUAUCGGUGACUCAACCAGUCAACUUAUCUCUUCCCUCUUCCUACCUCAGACUAUUCGUAAACUGACCAUAUACAAUUUGUCUGCCUUUUUCUACGGAUCCCUUCCGGUUCCCUCAGACCCUUGUCCCCGUUUCUUGGUCUGUGCUCACGGGCCUUUACCAAUCCCCAGGUCUUCUUCCUGCUUGAAGUCUUAGAUCCUCCUCCACUCUACCCACGGAUACUUCACGAAUACAUAUCUCGUCCUUCAUCCAUAAUUGCUUUGUUUGUGCUUUGACGGCUGCUACUGCCACUUGGGUUUCUUUUGGUCCUCGUACGGACCGUCUUUAGACAAAGAAUCCAACCUCGCUCUCGCGAAUAAACCCGAACCUAACUAAUCCGGUUUCUGCGCCUCAAACUCUCAUCCACCAAAUCUUGGACCAUUCUCCGUCAUCGCGACAGCAACAACGAAUCAUACCCGGGCCCGAACUUUUGUCGCCCGCGCCGCUCGUUUCCGUCUCAUUCCCCGAUCUCAAGCCAUGUCGUUAGCCAUUAUCGCAUCCAUUCAAUCAUCAUAGUUGUCAUUCUCCUGUUCUCUCUAGACACCCAUGGCCAAAAAGCGAAGGACCAAGCAACGCAAAAGUACACGGGGACGUCACAACCAGUCUCAGACGAGCACAAUGUCCUCGGAAGACUCGUACGCUGUACAGAGCGGCCGACAAUCUAGCGACGGUACACCGAGUGAGCAUGCCAAUAGCGACGGAAAUAACACAGCCAUGACCAGUAUCAUGGGUACCGAUGAGGAGCAUCACCACGAUGAUUCCGACCUCGACGAAGAUGUUGACGAAGACGACAUGAUAUCCAUAUAUCCCGCUUCUCAAUACCCCAGGGUCUCUGCUUCGCACCGCGUAGAGACUCCAUUCUCUCCAGAUUCCCAUGCGAUAGACUCAGACAUGGCUGCAUCGACACGAUCGUUGUGGGCGCAAGACCUUGACUACCGAGAAAUCCACGGCCGCCGCUAUUGUCGCGAAUAUUAUAUGCCAAACGAUGACAUCGAACAAUGGAGAAUGUCUCUUCAACACCAAGUAUUUAUGCACGUCCUGGACGGUGAACUUACUCUUGUCCCUCUGCAAAACCCCGAGCAUAUUCUCGAUAUUGGCACAGGAACAGGUGAAUGGGCAAUCAAGAUGGCCGAGUUGCAGCCCCAGUGUGAAGUCGUCGGAACCGAUAUCGCUGCGAUAGCCGAGACUAAAAGCGUGCCCAUGAACGUCUUCUUCGAAAUUGAAGACGCCGAGGAUUGGGAUCGCCACCCCGAUAUGUACGACCUGAUCCACUUCCGGCUUAUGGAGGGCGCAUUCCGGAACUGGAGCUUCGUCUACGACAAUACGUUCUUUUCUCUCAAGCCUGGUGGCUGGAUCGAGGUUCAAGAUUUUGUGAGCGCAGAGGGCUUCGCACAAUUCCUAUCACAGUUCCCCGACAACUCUGCCAUGCACGAACUCCUUCGAGACCUCUUGAUCGCUUCGGAAAAGUCGGGGCGUCCACGAGGGAUACAUCAUCUCGAGCCACGGCUGCUCAUGGAGGCAGGCUUUGUUGACGUACGGGUUACGGAAUACUCUAUUCCUAUUACCGUUGCCGAGGCAUCUGCGGGCAAGAUCUGGCUUAUUUCGUGUCUAGACAGCUUCGAGGCAUAUUGCUUGCGCUUGUUAACGGAGUACUUGGACUGGGACCCCGAGAAGUGCAAACAGGCUUGUGAAGCUGCUGCCCGAGACUUGGCAAACGCAGCCAAGGACCCCGAGAAGUCGAAGGGUCUUCAGGUCAAGAUGCGCAUUAUCAUUGGCAGAAAGCCCCUCGAUGCGGCGCCCACAGAUCUGGCAGAAUUCUUGGGGAGGAGUUACUCGCCAGUAACAGAACUGAACGGCAACAGUCCUGAUCCUACGCUCCGUCCAGAUGACCAAACAACUGCAGGUCUGAGCUGAGGCGGUGGUGCCAGCUCGGUUCUGGCGAGGGCACGAAGAAGCUUAAUUCUUGGGCGGCUCAGCGGCUCAGCGGCUUUGCUUUGUGUGCGAUGGGGUUUGGCGCAUACUUUUGUUUUGGGCCGGCGUUGUAAACGGAUGACGACUCAUUUUUUUGGUUCUUCUAAACAUUUAUCUGUACAUUCUUCAGCAUUCGAUCUAGGGGGUUGGUUAUCCUUUGAAGCUAUUUAUGGACGGCGCUCUGGUGUACACAAGACUUGUUUGUCUGAUAGCUACUAACUCAGAGCUAUAGACAUGACGAGUAAUGUAAAAGGCACUUGGAUUGGUUAGACAGACAUAGGGAGAAUAUGUGUAUCAGUGCACUGACAAUAGAAUCUUUGUAGAGUCAAAACUUAUGCUGCCUCUGAUUCAUUGAGCAUUCCAUUAAACCAG